UCAGUGUGCAAAUUGCUUUCAAACCCACAACACCACAAUAACUCAAUCCUCAACGAAACCAAUUUAAUGUGCAUUUAAUUAUAAUUAAAUUAAAUUCGAAAAAAAAACUUUUAAAAAAUGUUCAGUUUCUUUUCGCGUGGUAAAAAGAAGGUGGAUGUGAACGCGAACGACCUACCCCAAAACCAACCAACACAAAACACAUCCCCACACAUCUUCACGCCGUUUUUCCAAGUGACAACGUCAGUGGUUCCCAACGCAAGCGGAAAUUUAAGCACAAAUUCAAAUUCCGAAAGGAAAACCGAGCCGACCCAGAAUUCCACUCCUGUCGCACCUUUCAUAACCGAUGCUAGUUGUACGCCUAGCGAUGGAAUUGGCAAUGGGAUUGUGAAAAUGUGUAAAAAUAAAACCGAAGCGCCCGCCGUCGGCAGUUGCAGCGAGAGCGGCGCGAGCAAAACGACCGCGACCACCGUCGACGCGGUGGUCGACUCGAACGAUAACUGCCACACAGCCACCCCCGGCGGCGUUCGCACCACCUCCGGCACGACAAUGAGUAGUGUUAAACCCGCUGGGCAUGGUACCAUCGCCAUCUCGCCGCGUAUUCCCACCCCGAACGCAUCGCGACGAAAUUCGGCCGUUACACCCACACCAACGCCACCCGAAAGUCCACGCAUCGUCGAAGUCUAUGGCGAUUGCAAUGGAUUUCCACACUUUCCAAAUCACACAAAUGGUGCAACGAAUAGAGGUUUACCGGAAGCGCCACCGAGAUUACGAAUUAAAACUAACGAGACGACUGUGGCAGCCACGGAAGACGAAAGACAAUCAAAGAAGAAUUUGGUGAAUCAAGAAGCGAAAUUCCAAAGUCAACUUAACGACUUGUCGAAACAAUUGGUGGCACGCGAUGCAGAGGCGAAUAAAUUGCGUUUUCAGAUGGAGGAACUGCAGAGGGAUGUUUUUGCUAAAAGUGCUGGCAUGGAUCGGCUACAAGCUGAACUGCAAGCAGCCCACAAAGAAUCUGAGUAUGUGAAGUUACGAAUUAAGAAUCUCGAACAGGAUCUGCAGGAUUACCCAAAAAAUGGUAAUUUGUCUGAGGAAAUUGCCAGGAAAACAGAAAAUUUCGAAGAGUCAGAAGCGGUCGCUAGCAGUAAAAUCUCAGCGUUGGAGAAUAUAAUUCGUGAGUUACGCGAGAAAAUCGCCAAUCUUGAGUCGCAGAUUAAAGAUCUCCAAGCUGAGAAGCAAGCGUUGGUUGCCCAACACGCCAGUAUCCUUCUCGAACGCGAUAAAGAGAAGAAACAAGUCGAAUUACAACUUGAAGAAUCUAUAAAACAGAAAAACCUGGUGCAAGCAAAAUGGCAGUCGGAAUUCGAAAAACUACGAACUGUUAACCUCCUAAAAGAACAAAGUUUACUAGAUGAUUUCGAGUGGAAGUUGCGUGAGGUCCACAAGGGUUGUAAAAAUAAACUAGAUGAAAAAGAACGUAGUUUAGAACAACGACUCAAGGAAGCUUAUCGGGACGCAGAGGUGAAGAUGACCAUUGCUCAACAGAUGAUGGACGAAGUGAAACAUCUCCGGGCUUGUAAAGAUGAAGUGCAGACAUUGAAGGGACAAAGUGUGGAGCAUGAGAAAGCAAUGAAGGAGUUGAUAGAUAAGCAAGCGGAUAUGAAAGCCAGUGAGGAGGGUUUAAAGGAAGAAGCAAAAAAAUUGAGGAGAUUGAUUGAUAUGGAGAAGGAGAAUCUGCAACAUAUGCAAAGGGUGCAUCAUCAGGAGAUGACCGAUAAGGAAAGAUGGCUGCAGACGACGCUACAGGAGAAAAAGACUGAGAUUGCCGAGUAUUGGGAGGAGCGGCUCCUGCAUGAAAUCGGCAGGUUGAAAUAUGAACUUGAACAGUUGUAUCUCGAAGAGAAGAAUGAUGCCGUCAUGGACGUCAAGACCAAAAAAGAAGAAGAGUUUGAACUUGCGAAGAAACAAUGGGAGUUUAAAAUUAGUGAAUGUCUUAAAGAGAUAAAAUGCUUAAAACGGACAUUAGAUGAAAAAGAAGCGUAUUACCAGAAUGAAAUGAUGACGCAGCAGACGAAUGCCGAUCGGGAAAUCUUCGAAUUUCGUCGCAUCAUGGAUAAAAUCGACAAUGCGCACCACGAAAGAUUCGAAAAGUUAAGCAUGGACCACGAACUAGAAAUAGAAAAACUCGUCGCGCAGCAUAAGGAUAAGCUGGCUGAGGUGGACAUGUCCUACAAGAAUCAGACGUCCACGUUGCGCGCCAGCCUCAUCCUUCUCAAGGACCAAAUGGAGAAGGAAGCGCAACAACAAAUUAACGAACUCAUCGAACAGCAUCGUUCGCAAUUGGAUACACAAUGGGCGAAUUUAGUGCAUCAAAAAUCCGAGGCCAUCAAACUGUUGGAACAAGACUACGUGCAAAAGAUUCGAACGCUCGAAGAACAAUUCUACACGCAACAGAAAUCGCACGAAUCGCGCGAAAUCGAGCUACUGAAAACAAUCGACUCGCUCAAGAAUGAAAUCACUAGUAAGGAGUCGACCAUGGACGAUAUGCAGAGCAAUGUGGACACGCUGGAGGGCGGUGUACAGGUGCUCAACCAGGAGAUCGCUCAGCAGAACGAGCAGUUGAUGAGGAAUCGACGCGAUGCCGAUCAGAAAAUAAGAGGUCUCCAGGACGUUCUCAUGAAGCUGCAGGCGCUAGCCGAUCAGGAACGCGAAGAGUUCCAAUCCAAGUUGACGCAACAGCAGAAACAAUCACAGCAACAGAUUGAUCAUCUGCAGAAGAAGGUUCUGACGCUCACCAAAUUAUUUGAAGAAGUAAGAACACGUUAUGAACGUCGUGAAGCACGUCAGGAAGAUUUGAAUCUCAUCGCCGACCUGCGACAGGUGAUCGCCGAGCAGGAGAAGGACCUCGCAUGCAUCAACGAAGAGAAGCGUUACUUCCAGAUGCAGCUGAUGAAUCUCCAGCGUGAGACAGAGGCGAGCUACGGGGAUGACGACGACGAAUUCGCCGAUACGGACGACUUCCAGCCGCAGCCGGAUUAUACCGUGUCAUUUCCGGGCGAUUCACCGGAAUCAAAACCGCUCCCUGCAUGCCGCCCCCGCCGCGCCCCAAACUCACCGGUGGCACCAUUAAUUUAGCCAUACCGCCAACGAUACCCGAAUGUGAUGAUUGUGAAGACGAAGAAGACUCCUAAAACAUCUUCACAUUGAUUUUCUGUAUGAAUGUAUAAUGUAUGUGUGACCAGACGCGUCUGGUGCGAUUAACUUAUAUUGUAAUUUAUAAUUACGAGUUUAUACUGUAAGCGUUUCAUCUUGUACUUAGAAAUUAUUAUUAUUAAAUAUGUAUAAAAGUAAAA